AUGGAUGGUGGUGUUCUAGACAUCGUACAAGUAAUAUUAAAAAUCAAGGAGAUGAAAGAGUUAAACAAGACAAUAGAAGAGCAAGUUAAAAUUCAAGAAUGCAAGAGGUAUCUGGAAAAGGAUCUAGUAAAGAUUCUUAAGGACUCAGGUUACCACUCAGAAGAGUGGGAAGAAACUGAUCCUGAAAAAGAAUGGCUUAUUAUGCAAUCUGCAGUAGUUGAAGAUGAUGAAAUUAUUGAGGAAGCUAUAAAACAAAAGUCAUUAUCAAUAUACAUUCAUAAUAAAUGGUGGCAUAUAUCAAACCUAUUAAUAUUCGAUAUUGAUGAGGAACAAGAAAUCUAUGAUGAUAGAAAUAUAAACUAUAAAACUUCUAUUUCUCAAUUUUCCAUUCAACAUUUGUACGACUUUAAUGAGUUUCAAAUAAAAGAUGUUAGUAUAAAUGCUUAUUCAAAAGAACUAGAACAAGAAAUUCGCGAUGAUAUUAAUAUGGACUGUGAUGCUGCUUUCUCUCAACGGUCUUUGUAUAACUUCAAUUCUAGUGACGAAUUUGGAGGUGAUCAUUAUCAGCAUGAUGUAACCAAGCAGCAACAUUCUUUAGAUGAUGGUUCUGAUUCUGAUUCAGAAGUAAUAGACGAUUUAGAGUUAAAGACUGGACUUACCUUUACAAAUUGGCAAGAAUUUAAUACCUGGAUUGAUGAUUUUAGGAUUUAA